GUGAGACUUCGCAAGCUCAUGUACUCAAUGCGCAAUGACUCAGUCUUGAAGGCGUCGCAGCCAAUUGUCGAGGAGACAAAGCCAUUGGAGGGCUCACCUGUGUGGGGUUGCAGGUUUCGGCAGCGCCAUCGCGGAGUUCUUUUGACCACAAGGACACUCGCCUGAAGCGUGGCAAGGACAAGAAGGAACAGCUCAGCCUGCUGGAUUUGUUGGCUGCAGCUCGAGUCGCAGAUGCACAAGAGGAGUUGGGCGAGAAGACUCAUGACGAGGUCUUUUCGCAAUACAGGACACGUAUUGUGGAGCGGUGGGCUUCGCUGGCUGCAAUGGAUCAGCCGGUCGGCUAUCGCGUCAACUACCGGGUCGCCAGUGAGCAACCUUUCGCACUCGGGUGACAAGGUUCCUUUUCUCCAGCCUGCCCGCGUUCGAGCCGCACAAGAAGGUGUGCGUUUGCAGGAGGACCAGCAUUCCGCGUUGGCGGCAGGCUUUCAGAUUAUGGGAUGCUCUCCUUCAGCGACAUUCUGCAGCUGCUUCAGCGAUUGGUCGACAUCAGCAACCAGCUCAAAGCACUCCGCUGGUAUGUUCAGGUUGAUGACUCCGUCGACCCAGACUGCCUUCUGUUUUCCUAUGCUGACGAUUGGCUUAGUGCUUCUCGGCCACCAUCUAUUCAGCGCAUCCUUGGCGGGCCAAGAUCACGCAGUCAGGCAGCUUCUGCGGAGACGCGCAGAUCCAUUCCAGCGAGAUUUGGACGGCAACAUCCCUUUGCACUGGGCAAGCUCUUCCGCAGUGGCCCAGAUGUUGGUGGAUGCCUGCCCAGAGUCUGCCGCUGUGAGGAACUGGAGAGGGCAGAUGGCGGAGGUCUUGGAGGAAAUGCUGGCCCCCAUGGAAGCGCUGCCAAACGGGCGGUCUUUGGGGUCGGCGACACGCUCACCGCUUCUUCCCACACAAGAAGACCUGCUCCUUGCUGUGCAGGAGGAGGACGUCACCCGCCUCUCCAUGCUGUACAAGCGCUUGCCACGUGGCCUGGAAGCCUUGGCUCUACGACAUCUUCUCGAGGAUGAGCGCUGCGAGCUGCAAAAGCUGGAGACUAUAAUUUACAAGCAAGUCAGAGACUUCAUCCAGGAUAACUCCAAACCUGAGCCGCGGCUGGCAGCUGAUUUGGCACAGGCGUGCACAGCGUUGCCGUACAACUUUGCAAUGUGGGUGGUAGAUCAAGUGUCUGGCUUUCAGAUAUCCCUUGCAACGAGUAAUUUGCCUGCAGAGAAGGAUGCCUUGGCCUGGCUUUUGUUGGGGCUCAGAACCGGGGCAUUUCCAACAAGGCUUGAUCUCGUCCCCAAGGGUGAGAAAGACUUUAUGAAGCACAGGCAAUGCCUGACAGAGGAGGAUCUCCGAGCUGCAGUUGCUGAACUCCAAGCCAGUAGCGCAAGCAGCUCGAUUCGCUCGAUUGCAGAGGAGCUGGUGCUGGCAGUGCGUGCGGCCACCACCAUGCAGGGUCUCAAGGUCACAUGUCUUCAAGCUGCUUCUGCUUGGGUCCACUGCGCUUUGCUGUGGCAACGCUACUCUCAGGCAGCGCCCGAAGCGAUGGCAACACUUCGUCGUCUUCUGGAAGCGAACGACAUCCAGGUGCAGAUCAGAAUCCCGCCCUUGCCAAGCUUGAAGAGCACAUGGCAGAAGGCUCUAAAGCUGUGGCCAAGCAUGCAGCAUGCCUGCAGAAUGCUGCCCGGCGUUCUAGUUUGUGACAUCUUGGCUGCAGAGGUUCCUCUCGAAUCAGCUGCAUCUGUGCGAGCAACUCACAACCACCUAUGUUCCUGGCGUUGGCGCACACACGGGGCCGAACUCAUGUGGACGCUGAACAACUUCGACAGCAAUCUGGGCCUCGCGCCGGACGGCCUCCAGGAAGGCAUCCUGCUGUCCUCAAGCGCUGGCCCCGUGUUGGUGAAUCUUCGCCUGUCCCUCUUGCCGAAGCUGAGCAGACCUGCAGCGCUCUUCUUGCAGAACGUGGUGUCGGGAGACCUAUUGACUGAGAGUUUGCGACCGUUCUGGGUCCUAUGGUUGCAUUUGGAGAUGGCUCUGCGGCGAGCGGAGCAGACGCAACGGCUGGCCCCCCUCAAGGCGGCGCUGGCCCGCGCCUACAAGGAGCUCAGGAAUCUGAGAUUUGUCAGCUUUGCCGGCGGGGCAUGGCUUCAGCGGCUCGAGGAGUUAUCCAAGCGAGUGCUGCAAAUGGAGGAUCAGGAGAGAAGCUGCCGUGAUGUCUCAGAUGCUCUUCAGGACCGUGCAGCUGUGGCGCAGAGCUGCCUGAACCGCUUGUCUUAUGCCACAUCCACCCUGGAUGCAUGCAUCAUGGCGCCUCUGGAGAUGGAACAGUGGCCGGAGCCUGUUCCGAGACCCAUUGCCACAAACUGCCUCUUGGAGCAGUAUCUUUCACAGGUGUCGCCAUCUUCCCCAAGUUUCAAGACAAAGAUAGGCUCGCUGGCGCACUGCCGGCUGCAGGAUCCACAAGGUAUGUUGUAGAGGAGGUGGCGACCUGUGAGAUUGCGGCACACAGUCUCCAUCGAAGCCAUGGUUCCCUACUUUCCAGAUCCCGGCCUGAGCGGAGGUGGAUGAUUAUUAUUUUAGUUUGUAGCCCGGUUCACACUUGCAGUGUGGCCAUCUUAGCUGUGAGUGCUAAUGAUGCCCACAGGUAACCUCCUGCGGCUCGAAUCCUGCCUUGUCUCCGUGACUUCUGAAUUGAACAAACUUUCAAGCCCACGUUCCGACUAGAACGACGC